CCAAUUUCCGGACCCCAGCCCGACUAAACAGUGGAGCAGGUCUGCACAGUACCCCUGCACUUGGUCACCAUGGUAACCUGGCUGGGUUCAACACUCCGGGUAGGAGACUACCUCAUCUUCUCAUGUCCACCCCCGGCAACAGCUACUCUCUCCAUAUAGAGGAUAUGGACGCAUCAGAAGCUAAAACUCCUGCUACUGGCAAGAGACGACUCACUCCGGACAAGAACCCACUGUUUAAAAACUCUCAGUUCGCUGCUUCCCCCUUCAUUUCACCCAUCCCUAAAUCUCUCUCUUAUAUCAAGCGUCACCCUAAAUGUCCUAAAAGAAGCCGAACAGACGGAGGGAUGGAACGAGGAAUAAUGACUGGUGGACUCUCACCAGGGAGGAAAAGAGAAGGACCAAUGUUGUCACCAGCUUUAGAUUCGCCUGAUACCCUCUUUUCUCCAGCUAGUAGUUUACCCUCUCCUGUUGGCAGUAAUCUUGAUUCUCCCGCUAGCAGUGAUACCUCACCAGAUGGUCUCAUUGUCAAGGCACAUUUUCCAAUGGAGUCGUCUCGUAUAGAGAGCGGAACGGACAUCAGUUCGGACGGAGAAAGAGAAAGAGAAUGUAAGACUAAGAUGGUGCAGUUUGGGUUGCAGGCUGGAAUACAGCCCCUUGACAUCAGCAGUGUUUAA